CCAAUAAAAAUAAGUUUUGCCUUAAAACAAUCUAUACCAUAUUGUUUAUUCAAUUUGGCUAUAAAUAUUUAGGCUAUGUUCUUCACCAUUUCAUGAACUCUUUAUUUUCUUUCGAGUAAACUAUAUAUUAACACUUUCCACAAAAUAUGCAUUUAUCAAGCAAAAUCAAAUCAUCAAUGGAAUUGUUGCUUCUUUGUUUAAAUCUCUUACUCUUCCAUUUUCCAUUUUCUUCUUCUUUCAAUUUCUUAUACCAUCAUGAAGAAAGAAUUGCUUUGCUUCAAUUCAAGUCCUCCCUCACUACUAUGGAUAUGGAUUCAUAUUAUUACAGUUGUGAUGAACCUCUUCAAAAAACAACUACAUGGAAAAACAAUACAAAUUGUUGUUCAUGGCAUGGUGUCACGUGUGACACCAGCUCCGGUUAUGUGAUUCACCUCAACCUUGGUUGUGAAGGUCUUAAAGGUGUAAUUCAUCCUAACAAUACUAUUUUUCGUCUUACUCACCUCCAAACACUAAAUAUUUCUUACAAUGAUUUCUCAAACUCCUAUUUUCAUUCUAAGUUUAGUGGAUUUAUGAGUCUCACACAUCUUGAUUUGUCUAAUAGUUACUUUCGAGGCGAAAUUUCUCCUCAAAUAUCACACCUUUCCAAAUUAACAUCUCUUCGUCUCUCUGAAAAUUAUGAGUUAGUUUGGAAAGAAACCACCUUGAAGAGGUUUGUGCAAAAUGCAACAAAUUUAAGGGAGUUAUUUUUGUAUGGCACGGAUAUGUCAACAAUAAGAACAAAUUCCAUAGAUUUGAUCUUCAAUCAGUCUUCCUCUUUGGUUACUCUUAAUCUUGGAUCAACAAAAUUAAUAGGAAAUUUCAAAAAUAACAUUCUAUGUUUACCAGGUAUUCAAGAGCUAGAUAUGUCAUCUAAUAAUGGACUUGAAACUCAACUUCCAGAAUUUAGUUGCAGCAUUUCUCUUAAAAUCUUGGAUCUCUCUGAAUGUCAAUUCCAAGGGACAAUUCCUCUAUCUUUCUCUAACCUCACACAUCUUACUUCCAUAAGCCUCUUUAACAAUCUCCUUAACGGUUCAAUUCCACCGCCACUUUUAACUCUUCCACCUCUCACUUUUUUGUAUCUCUAUAACAAUAAACUCAGUGGCCAAAUCCCAAAUGUAUUUCCCUUGUCAAACAAAUUUCAAGAAUUAUUUUUGAGGAAUAACAAAAUUGGAGGUGAACUUCCAACAUCACUUUCAAACCUUCAACAUCUCAUUCGCUUCGAUCUUUCAUAUAAUUCAUUUAGCGGGCAAAUUCCAAAUGUGUUUAGUGGAAUGGCCAAAUUGCAAGAACUCAAUCUAGGUUCAAACAAUUUACAAGGACAAAUUCCAUCUUCAUUAUUUAACUUGACUCAACUUGAUACAUUAGAUUGUUCUUUUAAUAAAUUAGAGGGUCCUCUACCCAAAAAAAUUACAGGGUUCCAAAAGUUAAUUGAAUUGACUUUAGAAAACAACUUGAUACAUGGAACCAUUCCUUCAUGGUGUUUAUCUUUGUUUUCUAUGGUAAAUUUAGAUCUAUCAAAUAAUCGACUAACAGGGCAUAUCAGUGCAAUCUCAUCACAUUCCUUAGAGGUGCUAUAUCUAUGGGGCAACAAACUACAAGGAAAUAUUCCAGAAUCAAUCUUCAACCUUGCAAACCUAACUCAACUAUUUCUAUCAUCAAACAACUUUAGUGGUUUUGUCAAUUUUCAACUCUUCUCAAAUCUUCAAAAUCUUGAAUAUCUGUACCUUUCAGAUAAUAGCCAAUUGUCAUUGAACUUUGAAUCCAAUUUCAAUUUCUCUCGACUAAGAGAAUUGGGUUUGUCUUCUUUGAGUUUAACUGGAAUACCCAAAUUAUCAGGAAAACUUUCGAAUUUGUCAUAUCUUGAUCUGUCCAAUAACAAACUUAAUGGAACAGUGCCUAAUUGGUUGCUUGAAACAUCAACGUCUUUGAACCUCUCUCAAAACUUGUUCACUUCAAUAGACCACUUCUCAAAGAAGCUUGAUUCUAUUGAUCUUAGUUUCAACCUAUUGGCUGGUGACCUAUCUUUUUUGUCAGAUUGCAAUAUGAGUUCACUUCGAAUACUCAACUUGGCAAACAACAAUUUGACAGGUACCAUUCCACAAUGUCUUGCUAAUUUAUCAUCCCUUCUAAUUUUGGAUCUACAAAUGAACAAUUUUCUUGGCACUUUGCCAAAUAACUUUUCAAAGGACUGUUCUCUUGAAACUUUGAAUCUCAAUGACAAUCAAUUAGAAGGCCAUUUGCCUAUAUCUUUGUCCAACUGCAAAAACUUGGAAGUUUUAAACCUUGGCAACAACAAAAUACAAGAUUAUUUUCCAUAUUGGCUUCAAACUAUAGAUGUUUUGAAAGUGCUGAUUUUGAAAGACAAUAAAUUUCAUGGUUCCAUUGCUAAUCUAAACAUCAACAAUCCAUUUCCAAAUUUAAUCAUUUUUUAUAUCGCCGGUAAUAAUUUUAGCGGUAUGUUACCAAAAGACCUUUUCAAAAAUUUUGUAGCCAUGAGGAGUUAUAAUGGCAGAUUCCAUUACAUGUCAAUUUUAUUGGGUGGUAUCGACAGACCAAUUUCUCAACUAAGCAUGUACUAUGAUUAUGUGUCUUUGGCAACAAAAGGGAUCCAAUUGAAAUUUGUGAAAAUUCCAACAAUCUUUGUAAGCAUUGAUUUGUCAAGAAAUAAAUUUGAAGGAGAGAUUCCAAAUGUCAUUGGAGAGCUUCAUGGACUCAUAGGGCUUAACCUUUCCCAUAACAGACUCACUGGUCCUAUUCCUCAAUCCAUAGCAAACUUGAAAAACUUGGAAUCAUUGGAUCUUUCCUCAAAUAGGCUUAGUGGUGUGAUUCCUUUAGAAUUAACCAAUUUAAUUUAUCUUGGAACCAUGAAUCUUUCUAAUAACCAUCUUGUGGGAGAAAUACCUAAAGGAAAACAAUUUGACACAUUUUCAAAUGGUUUCUAUGAAGGAAACUUGGGGUUAUGUGGAUUUCCUUUGACAAUGAAAUGUGGACCUGAAAAAAAAUCUUCACUUUCAUCAAAGUUUUGGAGUGAAGAUAAAUUUGGAUUUGGAUGGGAACCAGUGGCAAUUGGAUAUGGAUGUGGAGUGGUGUUUGGAAUAGGGCUUGGAAGUUGUAUGUUUUUAAUGGGAAGGCCUAGAUGGCUUGUGGUGUUGUUUGGUGGCUAUCCUAAGAGAAGAGUGAAAAGGAGAACAAGAGUGAGGAGUACUCAUGCUUCAACCAUGAAUCAGAUGAUUCAAAUGUCAUAGUUUUGUUGUUGUGGUUAUUUUCUAUAGAAAGUUAGUUUUUACAUUCUAUUUGAAAAAAGCUUGAUGUGAGUGUGGCAAUCUUGUCACACUUAUUUGACUUAGCUAGUUUGAUUUUGGGUUUGUAAGUUGAAUUGUAUUGUGUUUUUUAUAUGGUCAUUCUACAGCAUGUGUGAUUGAUUGUAAUUUAAGAAACUUUGCCUAAUAACUCAUAUUUAUAGGGUC